AUGAAUAAAGAGAUUCAAGCCGUGGUUGACAACCAAACAUGGGCAGUAGUAAACCUUCCAAAACGGAAGAAGGAUAUCAACUUUCUUUAUGGUGAUUUGCAUGAAGAAGUGUACAUGAUUAUGCUAGAGGGAAUUCCUAAUCCUCACAAUCAAAAUGUGGAUGACCACAUCACUAUUCUAGCUGUGUAUGUGGAUGAUAUUCUCAUCACAAGGAGUAGUGAACAAGAGAUUACUGCUAUCAAACAACAUUUACAUAGUUCCUUUACCAUUAACGAUAUAGGUGCCCUACAUUAUUUUCUGGGGAUAGAGAGUCAUUGGCAAACUCAAUUUCUUGACACAUAUACUAGACUAGAUUUGUUAUAUGUUAUUCACACUCUGAUUCAAUUCAUGCAAGCCCCAAGAGUACUUCUUUGGGAUGCCUUGAAAUACAUCCUCAACAACAUACAUUACACUUGUGGACAGGGCAUCAUUUUGCAAUGGAAUAUUAAGCUUAGUUUUUGGAAAUCAAUGAAACAAAAAACUAUUUCUAGAUCAAGUUCAAAGGCUGAAUAUAGAGUCAUUGCUAAUGCAGCCUCUGAAGUAAAUUACUUUGUUAUAACAAACUCUAUGUUUGUUUUAGAUGAUUAG